UCGCCAUUUUGAAUUUUUACGACACUACAGUGUUUGCUUGACGGUAGAAAUGUUUACUGCGUUAACAGAAGAAACAUGUUAUGCUAUUUGACGUGUUCACUGCGUACAAGACAAAUAAACUCGAAUUGGUUUGACCCAACUAGGAUUCCGUACUCGGCACUGGCAGCAUUUACGACACCACGCUGUCCGUACGGCCGGUAGUGUAAUCGCUACGACAGUGGAGGCGUCAUGCACGAAAGGUCGCUUCCCGCCUCUCCCAACUGGUACUGCUCCCGCUGCAGUGAUGUCAACAGCAGCGCGCUACUGGGCGUCGGAGCCAAAAACAUCAUCUAUUUGAUUGAUGUGUCUGCAUCCUCCUGCAGGGUUGUAGGUGAGCUUGUCGGCCAUAAAGACUUGGUGUCUGGCUUCUCCUUCUGUCAGCAUGCAGGCCAGAGUCACAUCUGCGUUAGCUCCUCGAAUGAUGGGAGUAUUCGCUUCUGGGACUCCGAUAACAAGGUUCUCAUAAGAGAGCAUGCAGCUCAUCAGAGCCCCGUCGCAGCGGUGCACUGGUCUCCGGUGGAUAAAAACCUGGUAGUGUCGGGGGAUGAGAAGGGCAUAGUGGUGUGUCACUGGUACAACACAGGAGACACGGCCAGCUUCUUCCCAGAGCCCAGGACCAUCUUCUGCCUCACCUGCUCCCCUCACACCUGGAGCUCUGUGGCUGUGGGGUACAAAGAUGGGAUGAUCGUGCUGAUCGACGUGAGUAAGAAAGGCGAGGUGAUGCACCGUCUCCGUGGACACGAAGACGAGAUCCACUCGCUGGCGUGGUCGCCACUGACCGGGGAGGAUACCUUCAGCAGACCUGAGGACAGUGAAGCGAUCAGUGGAGUGUCUGCAGGAGAUGAGAAGGGAUGCUAUCUUGCAUCUGGGAGCAAAGACCAGACAAUGAGGAUCUGGAGCUCAUCGAAGGGAAAAAGUGUGACGACUCUGAAGCUGCCGUAUCUGAAGAAAAGAGGCUCUGCAGUCGACCCCGGGGUCAAGGAGAGACUCUGGCUCCACGUCCACUGGCCGAAGGGACGACCAACACAACUCGUGUCCAGCUGCUUCGGGGGUGAGUUGGUGAUGUGGGACUUGACCAGGACAGGGAAGCAGAGGUGGACUCUGUUUGGGACUUCUUCAGAGGGUCAGAACCACAACAGGAUCGUCUUCAAUGUGAGUUCAGUCCACCUGCAGGACGACCGGGAGCUUCUCAUCAGCACCUCCAUGGACCGAGAGAUUAAAUGCUGGGACCUGGCCUCUCUGGACUGCUGCUGGACUCUGCCCACCCUGGGCGGUUUCAUCUACGCCCUGACCUUCUCCCCGGUGGGUGCAGGGUGCCUGGCGCUGGGCGUCGGUGACAACAUGAUCCGGGUGUGGAACACGUUGACGACCCAGAACCAGUACGACACCAGGUCCUUCUGGCAGGGCAUCAAAUCCAAGGUCACAGCGCUGGCGUGGCACCCGAAGAAAGAAGGAUCCUUGUCUUUCGGAACAGACGACGGUAAAGUUGGUAUCUACGAAGUUUUCUCAAACAGGCCUCCUCAGAUAUCGAGCUCCUAUCACAGAAAAACCGUGUACACACUGGCCUGGGGACCCCCAGUCCCCCCGAUGUCGUUUGGUGCAGCAGGAGGAAAGCCGCUCUACAGCCUGUACAGCUGCGCCGGCGAAGGCGUCAUCCUGCAGCACGAUCCGUCUAAGCUGAGUGGAGAGGCUUCGGACAUCGACAAGCUGAUCAGAGACACCAACAACAUCAAGCACAAGCUGUCUCCGCACACCGACCUCAGCUGGAAGCCAGAUGGAAAAGUGGUCGCCAUCGGCAACGAGGACGGGUGCAUCGAUGUGUACGAGGCUCCCAGCUUGAAGCUGCUGUGCAGCAUCCAGCAGCACCACAAGAUCAUCAACACGUUGCGGUGGCAUCACGCCCACAGCUCCCCGCCGGAGCUGCACUGCCUCCUGGCAUCGGGCUCCAGCAAUGCCACCGUCUACGUGCACGAUCUCCACGCCAUCAUAGAGGAUCCUCCAGACGUCCCCGUGGUGUUGACGGAGCCGUACCGCAGGCUGUGCGGUCACACAUCUAAAAUCACCGGCAUGGUCUGGAGUCCACACCACGAAGCCCGGCUGGCCACCGUCUCGUACGAUGGCACUGCCCAGGUGUGGGACGUGCUGCAGGAGGCGGCUGUCUCCAACUACCGGGGUCACGCCGGUUAUUUGCUGUGCGUGGACUGGUCGCCCGUCGAUCCGGAUGUGAUCUGGACCGGAGGGAAGGACUUCACCCUGCAGGAGUGGAGAGUCUCCAAACAAGAGUUUACAAAGCCGCCUAAAGGGAAAAAGAUGGUCAACCUGAGGGACAAGAAGAAGAAGAACAAGAAGGCGUCGGGGCCCGCAGGAGCCGCACCGCUGGAGAUGAACGGAGAGCCAGGUACAGGAGGAGGAGAGAAGGCAGCGACGGGACAGGAGCAGUCUGGUGACGAUGAGGAAGAUGAAGUCAACCCAACAAAGAGCCCUGUACCUCCAUCAGCCACUUUUGAGACGCAAAGGAAAUCCUUCACCGCCGCAAAGAGCAAAGACAAGCCAGACUUGCUGAAGAAGAAGAAGCCUCGCUCCAUGCUGCCCAUCAGCACCUCCAUGGACCAUCGGCCCAAAGAGGAGUUGCUUCAAGACUGCUUAACUCUGGCCUCUGUCAAACACAGCAGAGCUCCCCCUGCAGGGUGUGUCCCAGGCCAGGGAGAGCACAUCCACCUGGGCCUCUUCUCUGACAGAGCGGCUCUCUACCGCAUGUUUGAGGCAGAAGAGGAGGGUCAUGUGGAGGCCGGUCACUACGACUCCGUCGUGUACCUGCGGCUGUGGAGCGGAGACCUGGAGGGGGCGCUGCAGCUCGCCACCGAGAAAGGAGAGCUGAAUGAACACCUGCUGUCCGUCGCUCCGAUGGCCGGGUUCGAGGUGUGGAGCCGGACAGUGGAGGCCUUCGUCAAGCAGCUGUGUCUGCAGGAGCAGUACCUGAAGGCAGCGUCCCACCUGCUGUCCAUCAACAAGCUGUACGAGGCCGUCGACCUGCUGCGCUCUCACAAGCUCUACAGGGAGGCCAUAGCUCUGGUCAAAGCCAGGCUGCCGGCCGAAGAGCCCGCCCUGAAGGAGCUGUACACCUGCUGGGCGGCCGUGCUGGAGAGGGACGGACAUUUCUCCGCAGCCGCUAAAUGUUACCUGGCUGCAGGCGCCAGUUUCGACGCCGCUAAAGUCAUCGCCAGGAAGAAUGACGUCUCCUCGCUGAGCACGGCGGCCGGUCUAGCGAGAAUCUCAGGGGAGGUCGCUCUGGCUCAGUCGCUGGCGCUGCGGUGUGCUAAAGACUUGGCCGGUGCUCAGGACUGGAUCGGAGCCCAGGAGGUCCUGAGCUCACAGGAGAGUCUGCUGGUCCACAGGCUGCAUCUCUGUGUCGCUGAGCUGCUGGCUGGGAUGCUGGCCGAGCCUCAAGCUGCAUCUCAGCCCCGCGUCGCCAGUCACCCGUGGGCGUCGCCAGGUGAGCAUCGUCGCAGCAUCCGGGACCAAGUGAGAGACGCGUGGGAGAAGCAGUUUGGUGUGACACAAAGGUCAGCAGGUCACCGCAGCGCCGCCGCUCUUCUGCAGGAGCUGAAGUCUGUGGAGAGUCCAACGCCCACCGCCAACAUUCCUCUCAGACAGGUUCAGCUAUAUUCAUCCCUCCAUCUGACCCGUGCUGUGUUGGGCUGGUUAUUGGACGAUGAUGGACAGCUGAUGAAGGAGUUGUGGCAGGCGGUGGCCUGGCUCAGAGAGGCCGGACACUUCUGUGUGUCUGCAGAGCUCUGCAGGCUGCUGUUCCCUGACGGUGUCGUCAGUGUUUGUUCCAGGAGUCACCCCAAAGUAAUCCAUCACACAGAAGAGGAAGCCAAAGCUGCUGCCAACAGUCUACAGGCGUUUGUCUGUUACCACCGUCUGUACCAACAGUGGUGGAGGAUCUCCACCCAGAUGCAGAGCGGGUUGUCCCUCUCAGCAGCCGACUCCGACCCUGGAGACGAGGUGAAUGAUAAAGUGGUGAACGGCGGUGUGUCGGAGUCGGGGCAGAGCGUCUGCCCGGCGACUAGGAGGUUUGAUAACCUGGACUUUGAUGCGUCUGUGCUUCUGUCGGAGCGUCACGCUGCCUGUCAGGCCUCUCAGAGGUCCGUGAGAGAGAUCCAGGAGCGGCUGGCAGCCUUGGUGCUGAGGCACAGCAGAGCCCAGGGCGGGCAGCUGGAGUCUGGGGAGAAAGAAGCGGACAGCACCGCGCAGACCUCCGACACCAGAGAGGCGUCCGAUGAUGCUGGCCAACGGCCUGAGGACCAGGAGACGCUGCUCUCUUUGUCUACCAAGAUGUCAGAACAUCAGAAGCAGCUGGCCGACCUGCCGGACACAAUCAAGGUGUAUCCUCACCCAGACGUUGUUGAAUGCUGCCUGGUUCUCCUGCACCUCAGCAAGUCUUCACCGUCCGUCUCCGAGUCACUCCAACAAGAGGCCAAAGAUCUGCUCCGCACAUACGGAACAAAUCCGUCCAUCCUCAAGACCUGCCAGAAAUUCCUUACCUGAAUCUUUCAUCAGUAGACUGAAAGAAGCACUUCCACUGUACAGCCAUUUGUUGAAUAAAAAGAUCUUUAACUACAUUAAAAACGUUGUUUGAGUCU